GCUGUUUUCAUUGAAUUAACUCAUCAACUAUGGCGGGUUCGUGUUUUUUCCUCAAACUCAAAUACGAAAAGAGUAGAAAUGUGCGCCGUUCGAGCGACGACAUUGACAGCGAUUUGUCGAAUAUUCUCAUUCGCCAUUUUGUGAAUGCUAUGGAACUUUGCGUUAAGUAAUAGGCGAGGCAAUUUAAUACGGCAAGGUUGGCACCAUGGCUGAGAAUGCUCUGGUUGGGAAGACUGAGUUGCAAAGGCAGGAGGUGGCCCGGCCGCUGCACAUCCAGAGGCUGGAGGCCGCCCUGGACGUGAGGCCGUUCGUCAGUCAUGUGGAGAAGAUCCUCAACUCAGCCGGAGACUCCGGCAGUGAAGAUGACUCUGAUGCCAAGUCCACAGGCAAUGAGAUGUCCAAAGGAGACCGCAUAUUACAUGGUGUUGUCACAACUAAGCAAGAACGUCAAAGUGAUCGCCUCAGACUAUUCAACCUAUCCUCAGUGGGGGAGGAGCGAGAGUGGCUACGGAAUGUCCUGCUGUCGUCUGGCUCAGAGUCCAGUAGUGAUGAUGACACCCCCGCAGGCAAAGACCAAAGAAUCAGGAGAUUGUUGAAGGAAAGAGCCCUACACAAUAAACAUGUGAAUGAGUGCUAUAAAGAUCCUGGAAACUCCCGCUACAUGUACUACGGGGCGGGCCUCCUCUCCACAGUCGACCGGUACGGCGAGAGGCGCCUGGCGCGCGCGCCCCGCGGCCGCCGCGGCCGGCCGGCGGAGCGCGGUGCCCGUGGGCACAAGGGCAGGGGCGGCCGGCCUAGGUGUAAGGAGAGGGAGGGGAAAUUGGUGGAUGGUGUUGACUGGGAGGAGCAACUCCAAAAUCUUAAACAGGAGAAUGAUAACGAUGAAUAUGCUAGUUCAGAGAAACCUACUUCUACUAGAGGCCGCAAGAAGCUAUCAACCCUCAAGAGCCCGGAAGCCCUCACAGCCCGGCGCCGCCGCCACUGGCAGCUCCUAGCCAAGAAGGAGCUGGGCAAGGUGCAGAGAGCCCGCGUGGCUGCACACAAGGAGUUGGCGCUACAGAGGAAGAGGUUGGCAGCGCUGUGCUGCAAGCUGCGGCGGCAUGCUGCUAUGCAGUCGCAAAAGAACAUGAAAGAGACAGUGUGGCGGUGCAAGCGUCUCAGCCGCGAGAUGCAGGCGUACUGGCGCCGCUACGACCGAGCGGAGAGAGAGACUAGACGACGCAUGGAGAAAGAGGCCGUGGAGCAGAGAAAGAUGGACGUAGAGCUAAUGGAAGCGAAGCGGCAACGUCGCAAGCUCAACUUCCUCAUAACACAGACGGAGCUAUACGCCCACUUUAUGCAGCGGAAACUGAAUACUGGAGGCGCGGGAGAUGGCGACAACUGUGCCGAGCAGAUACUGAGCCAGUUGGAUGAGGAUGUGGACCCGAGAUUGGCCAAUAUUGACCAGUAUGACAGCCAAGAGAUGAAAGCCCUAGCAUCUCGAAACGCCCGCGAAGCUUUCCGCGCGGACAGACAGAGGACCCAACAACUGGACGCGGCGGCGGGCGCGACGAACAUAGGCGGGGCUAACGGGGACUUCGACCAGCCCAGUCUCUUCCAGGGCACCUUGAAGGGGUACCAGCUGAAGGGCAUGAAUUGGCUCGCUAGUUUGUAUGAUCAGGGCAUAAGCGGCAUCCUAGCGGAUGAGAUGGGCCUCGGCAAGACGGUGCAGUGCAUAGCGUUCCUGUGCCACGCGGCGGAGAGGCUGGGCGUAUGGGGGCCCUUCCUGGUGGUGUCGCCCGCCUCGACACUGCAUAACUGGCAGCAGGAGUGCAAGCGCUUCGUGCCCCAGUUCCGAGUGGUGCCAUACUGGGGCAGUCCGUCCGAACGCAAGAUUCUCCGUCAGUUCUGGGAACGCAAGGACUUGCACACGCAAAACGCAGCCUUCCACGUCGUCAUCACGUCGUAUCAGAUCGUCGUGUCAGAUCUCAAGUACCUGAACCGAGUGUCGUGGCAGUAUAUGAUACUGGAUGAAGCUCAAGCUAUUAAAAGCUCGGCUAGUAUGCGAUGGAAACUGCUGUUGGGGUUCAGCUGUAGGAAUCGACUUUUGUUGUCAGGAACACCCAUACAAAAUAGUAUGGCGGAGCUGUGGGCGCUACUCCACUUCAUAAUGCCGACGCUAUUCGACUCUCACGAAGAAUUCAACGAGUGGUUCUCCAAAGACAUCGAGAGCCACGCGGAGAACAAGAGCACUAUUGACGAGAAACAUCUGUCUCGCUUGCACAUGAUUUUAAAACCGUUCAUGCUGAGAAGAAUAAAGAAAGACGUGGAGAACGAACUAUCAGACAAAAUUGAAAUCAUGGUGCACUGUCCGCUCACCAUUCGACAGAAGCUGCUGUAUAUUGCUCUAAAGAAGAAGAUAAAGAUAGAAGACUUGUUGAAUAUGUCAGUUGGAGGUGAAUCUGGCCACAGCGUGGACAAAACCUUCACGUCGAAUCUCAUGAACUUAGUUAUGCAAUUUAGGAAGGUAUGCAAUCACCCAGAGCUAUUCGAGCGUCGCGAUGUAAAAUCCCCAUUCGCGAUGCAUAUUGACGACUUCCACAUACCGAAGAUAAUCGCCGAAGAAUGCAUCCUCAUCCGCUCCAUACCGUCCAAGCGGCACAUCCUGUAUAACAAACUGUCGGUACUGGCUACGGAGUAUGUUCAUAGGGAGUAUACGGGGUGCUUCAGUUUCACGAGGUUUAUGAAUCUGUCGCCGAUGGAGCUGUAUAGGGUUAUGGUGUGCGGGUGGCUUUUUGCAAUGCAACACAUAGAAGACUGCUUAGACAAAUACGAUAGACUGCGACACAGGCGCCUCUGGUGGCAGAAACAGCGCACUAUGGAAGUGAAACAGGAAAGUGCGAGCGAGACAGAACUAGACCCGAGCUACUAUGAUAGAGUGAAUAGCAAACACAUGCUGUUGGUGUGUCCUGAUGGUGAUACUCUGAUGCAGAGGAAGGAAGAUAGUAUACUGUGGAAAGAUCUGCUGUUCUGUGAUCCGAAUUGGGUUCAAGGAGGUCCAUUCUACGCUCAUUUAGACCACACAAUAAACUACAUGCCAGAGACAAUAGAACACCGCGCGAUACGCACCAAGAAACUAGAUAGUGAACAGCCCGAGAUGCUAACCUCAAUAAAGACGGAGGAGGGCGGCUCGCUCCCGGCGCCGCCUCGGAGCGACGUGUUCCCGCACACGGAGCGAGAGGGAGCGACGCGGAGCGAGCAGCCCGCGCCGCUGCCGCCCUUCUUCUGCACUGCCAUGGUUAAGGCAAUAGCCCCACCUCGCCUGCCAUUCGCCGUCUCCCGGAGCUUCGCGUACCACUUACGACGCCACCAGGACGCGGAGAGUGCGGCGGGCAGCGCCAUGCUGGCCCGCCUGGCGCGCGCGGCGCGACCCCCCGCCGGCUGGACCUGUCUGCAGGUGCCCGAUAAGAACCAGCUAGUCAGCGACGCGGGUAAACUCACAGUUCUGGACUCGCUUCUGAAGAGACUGAAGGAGCGUGGACACAGGGUGCUCAUUUACAGCCAGAUGACCAAGAUGAUUGAUCUUUUAGAGGAAUACAUGUGGCACCGCAAACACAAAUACAUGCGUCUCGACGGCUCCAGCAAGAUCUCCGCUCGUAGAGACAUGGUGGCCGAUUUCCAGGCUCGAGACGACAUCUUCGUGUUCCUGCUGUCCACCAGGGCCGGGGGACUGGGCAUCAACCUCACCGCCGCCGAUACUGUGAUAUUCUACGACUCGGACUGGAACCCCACGGUGGACCAGCAGGCCAUGGACCGGGCCCACCGUUUAGGCCAAACCAAGCAGGUGACGGUCUACCGCCUCAUCUGCCAGGGAACUAUCGAGGAGCGCAUCACACAGCGAGCAAGGGAGAAGAGCGAGAUUCAAAGGAUGGUGAUCAGUGGAGGCAACUUCAAACCAGACACGCUGAAACCAAAGGAAGUUGUUUCAUUACUAUUGGACGACGAAGAAAUUGAACAGAAAUAUAGACAAAAAUCAGAAGAGAAGAAAAUAAUAGAAGAGAGAGAUAGGAAACGAAAACAUGGCUUGUUACCUCCGCAGCCGGCGGUGAUAGAGUCGAAGCGUCCACGCGACUCGGCGUCCGCGCCCGGCAGCCCGCUGCGCGUGGACGACGCCGCGCCGCUGCCCGUCGUACCCGCCUCAUUCUCCCCAUCCAUCGGCCCCCGCGGCGGGGCAAUGCGGCGCGCGCGCGGCGGCGGGCGGCGCGGGCGGCCCCGCGGCUCGAGGCAUCUGUCGCGCCGGGACCGACCUGUCGCCACAGACGCUGCUAGUGCUAGUGAUGGCGCAGCCCUCCUCGACUCCGACGCGCCGCUCGAGAUCAUCGAGCCGUCCGCCCCUCGCGUGCGGCGCGGGCCCGGGCGGCCCCGGCUGGCUCGCGCGGCGGCCUCGCGAGGAAGCAGUGUGUCAAGGAGGCCGCGGCGGCCACGGGAGCCGCUGUUGGUGCCGCUGGCGCCGCCGCCUUAGAUACCUCAAGUGUUGUGAAGAACUGGACCCACCUAGUGCAAUUUGUUAAUAAUUAUAAUAAUUUACUAUUUAACAAUGAAAUGAUCACUAAUGAAGUAUUGUAACAUAAUGUACAAAUCUAUUUAAUAAAGCUAUGCGUGUUUAAGUUUCUAAUAA